AUGGUCUGCUACUUGGUCGACAGCAAAGACUCCCUUGAAAACGUCGAGUCUAAAUGUGUUAAAAAGAUCGCCAACAACUGCCCUGGCGUCAUGUUAGUUUUGGCCGCGCUCAGGGGCGAGCUUCGCAAAGGCGGCGGUGACAAGGAGGAUGGCGAGGGAGCACCGCCCGCCACCGCGUCAGCCGAAGACAACGCCAACCUCGAGUACCCCAAGGGACCUCUAUUCGAGCACAACCAGGGAUUGGAAGUGGCCAAGCGAAUAGGAGCCUCGCGUGGUGUCGACAUGGCUCUGUAA